AUGGUGAACUUUACUGUCGAGGAAAUCCGUGAGCUUAUGGACAAGGUGACCAAUGUCCGCAAUAUGUCGGUUAUAGCACACGUUGAUCACGGAAAAUCUACCUUGACCGACUCUUUGGUUUCAAAAGCUGGAAUUAUCUCAUCUGGUCGCGCUGGCGAGACCCGUUUUACGGAUACUCGUCAAGACGAACAAGACCGUGGUAUUACCAUCAAGUCUACAGCCAUUUCAAUGUAUUUCCAAAUGGCUAACGCUGAUGAUGUUAAGGAAAUUAAGAAUCAGAAGACUGAAGGUUCCUCUUUCUUGAUCAAUCUCAUUGACUCUCCCGGGCACGUUGACUUUUCAUCCGAAGUUACUGCCGCAUUGCGUGUGACCGACGGUGCUCUUGUUGUUGUUGACUGCAUUGAAGGCGUUUGCGUCCAAACCGAGACCGUCUUGCGUCAAGCUCUUGCUGAACGCAUCAAGCCGGUUGUCGUUAUCAACAAAGUUGACCGCGCUCUUCUAGAAUUACAAUUGACUAAGGAAGACCUUUACAAUUCUUUCCAACGAACGAUAGAAUCAGUCAACGUCAUUAUUUCAACUUAUGUUGAUAGUGCAUUAGGCGAUGUCCAGGUCUACCCAGACAAGGGUACCGUGGCUUUCGCUUCUGGACUUCAUGGCUGGGGCUUUACUCUCAGACAAUUUGCUGUACGCUAUGCCAAGAAAUUCGGCGUUGACAAGGAAAAGUUUAUGACAAGACUAUGGGGAGAAAGCUAUUUCAAUCCCAAGACCAAGAAAUGGUCCUCCAAACCAACAGACGCUGAUGGCCACCCAUUGGAACGUGCUUUCAACAUGUUCGUUCUUGACCCUAUCUUCAAGAUUUUUGAUGCUGUCAUGAACUUCAAGAAAGAUGAACUCUUCAAACUCUUGGAGAAACUGGAGGUUAAGCUUACAGCUGACGAAAAGGAACUGGAAGGAAAGCAGCUACUCAAGGUUGUCAUGAGAAAAUUCCUACCUGCCGGCGAUGCUCUACUUGAAAUGAUCUGUAUCCACUUGCCAUCUCCUGUUACGGCUCAGCGAUAUCGCGUUGAAAACCUUUAUGAAGGUCCUCUGGACGAUGAAAGUGCAACUGGUAUCCGCAACUGCGAUCCCAAGGCUCCACUGAUGGUUUACAUUUCCAAGAUGGUACCAACCUCUGAUAAGGGCCGCUUCUACGCUUUUGGUCGCGUCUUCUCUGGUACUGUAAGAGCUGGUCUCAAGGUGCGCAUCCAAGGACCCAACUAUGAACCUGGUACCAAGAAGGAUCUUUUCGUCAAAGCUGUCCAGCGAACCGUUCUGAUGAUGGGACGCUAUGUUGAAGCUAUUGAAGACUGCCCGGCCGGUAACAUCAUCGGUCUAGUCGGUGUCGAUCAGUUUUUGAUCAAAUCUGGCACUAUCACUACCUCUGAAACUGCCCAUAACAUGAAGGUUAUGAAGUUCUCGGUAUCACCUGUCGUUCAGUGUGCUGUUGACGUCAAGAACCCCAACGACUUGCCCAAAUUAGUGGAAGGUCUAAAACGUCUGGCCAAGUCUGAUCCUUGUGUCUUGACCUUAACAUCAGACUCUGGUGAACAUAUCGUUGCCGGUGCUGGUGAACUUCAUCUUGAAAUUUGUCUCAAGGAUUUGGAAGAAGACCAUGCUGGUGUUCCAAUCAAGGUCGGUGACCCAGUAGUCCAAUACCGAGAGACUGUCCUGUCUGAAUCUAGCAUUACGUGUUUGUCUAAGUCUCCAAACAAGCACAACCGUAUCUAUAUGAAGGCGGCUCCAUUGUCUGAAGAGCUUUCCAUGGACAUCGAAAGCGGAAAGGUCAGUCCUCGUGACGAUUUCAAGACUCGAGCUCGUGAACUGGCCGACAGUCAUGGCUGGGACGUUGCUGAAGCUCGUAAGCUUUGGUGCUUUGGCCCUGACGGAACCGGUGCCAAUCUGCUAGUUGACACUACCAAGGCCGUACAGUACCUGAAUGAGACUAAGGACUCGUUUGUCGCCGCUUUCCAAUGGGCCACCAAGGAAGGACCUAUCGCUGACGAAAACGUUCGUGGUUGCAGAUUCAAUAUUAUUGAUGUUACCCUCCAUGCUGAUGCUAUUCAUCGAGGUGGCGGUCAACUUAUUCCAACUUGCCGUCGUGUUAUGUAUGCGUCUAUCCUAACAGCAAGCCCGGGUAUUCAAGAGCCAAUCUACUUAGCAGAAAUUCAAUGCCCAGACACAGUUAUGGGAGGUAUCUACAGUGUACUCAAUCGUCGUCGUGGUCAAGUCUUCUCUGAAGAACAGCGCCCUGGUACUCCUCUGGUCACCGUGAAGGCGUAUCUUCCCGUCAAUGAAUCGUUUGGCUUCUCAACUGAUCUUCGUGCUGCCACUGGUGGUCAAGCUUUCCCUCAAGCAGUUUUUGAUCAUUGGGCAGCAAUGAGCGGCAGCCCAGUUGAAGCCGGCAAUAAGGUUUAUGAUAUCAUCCGAGCCGUCCGCAAGAGAAAGGGUCUUCCUGAAGACGUUCCCUCACUUGACAAGUUCUAUGACAAACUUUAA